AUGUUGCGGGCGAGAAAAUAUGAGUGCUCGGAUAGAUUUCGUAUCUACAAGUACAUUGGCGAACAUAGUUAUGGCGUUGAACAUGCCAACAGUAGCCACAGAAAAAUUUCAAUCAAAGUCAUAGCUUCACUUUGUGUAAAUAUGUAUCGUGAUGGCAAGGUUCCAAAUGUUAAAGAGAUUCAAAGAGCUAUGUUUAAUUUUUUUCAUUGUAGUCCAAACUAUUGGAAAUGUUGGAAAGGUGGUGUGGUUGCAAAGAAAAUAGCCCGAGGGACAGCUGAGAACGGAAAUUCAUGCUUACCGGUUUUUUCCUGCAUGUUCGAGACACUUAAUGUUGGUUCUAGUUAUUGUCUCAUGGUAAGCAAUGAUAGUCAUAGGUUCAUGUAUUAUGUCUUGAACUUCGGUGCUUGCAUUAAGGGAUUUGCCCACAUGAGAAAGGUAAUUGUGAUUGAUGGCACUCAUUUACAUGGUAAAUACGAGGGCGUGUUGUUGACCGUUGUUGCACAAGACACAAAGACUCAUGUUUAUCCAAUUGUCUUUUGUGUUGUGGACAAAGAGAAUGAUGCAUCUUGGACAUUCUUCUUUGAGAAGUUGAAGGAGAUUGUGGUCGAUGAAUCAUAUUUGUGUUUUAUCUCCGAUAGACACAAGAGUAUCGCCAACUGUAUUGUGAACAUUUACAAUUAUGCUCACCACGGAUAUUGUAUGAGGCACCUCGGUGAAAAUCUUUGCGUAAAUCAUCAUUGUGAAGAUUGCAUUUAUCUUUACUACAAUGCGGCAAAGACUUAUUCUUUGGAGGAGUUUGACAAUCAUUUUGUAGAAUUCAAGAAUAAAUGUCUCGCGACAAUCGUCGUCCUUGAGUAUGAUAUUGGUUUUGAGAAGUGGAGCAGGGCACAUUAUCCUGGCAAUAGAUAUGAUGUGAUGACCACAAAUAUCGUCGAGUCACUCAAUGCUAUUUUGAUAAACGAAAGGGAGUAUCCUGUGGCAGCAAUAUUUAAUUCGAUUGCUAAGAGGUUUGGAGAAUUAUUCAGGGAGAGGCCUGCAUAUAUCCUUAAAUCAAUGGUUAAUCAAAUGGUGCCUUCUGCCAAAAAAAUCGCAAGAAAUAAAAUGAUUGAGGGUGACUCCUUAUAUGUGGAGAACGUAAUCAGGGACGACAAUCAAUUUACCGUGUUCGGUGCAGGAGUUACUGCCUAUAUGCACAGGCCUAUUGGAAAAGUCAUGUUCUUGUAG